GAGGGAGCACACCGUGACAAAUCAGCACUUCACUGGAUUCAGAAGCGAGUGCAGCAGCUUCAGCUUGAGGAGGAGGCACACCUGGUUGGAAGAAGGGUUGACAAAGAGGAGUUUGAAGGGCAAAAUCAGGACGGCCUUCAGGUAUUCGUCAAAAAAUAAAAGGGCGCAAGGGAAGCAAGGAAAACUGUGAGAGAGAGAAAAUUCAAUACAGAGGAACCUGGAGGAGAGAAAGGACAAAUAAAGGAGCUUUUGAUCCACAGAGGGGACAUCUGUCUCGGUGCACCAUGGUGUCUUUUGGACUUGAAGUGGUCGGCGUCACUCUGUCAGUGCUCGGCUGGGUGCUGAGUGUGAUCAGCUGUGCUCUGCCGAUGUGGAGGGUCUCUGCCUUCAUUGGCGCCAACAUCGUCACAGCCCAGGUGUACUGGGAGGGCCUGUGGAUGAGUUGCGUGUUCCAGAGCACAGGGCAGAUGCAGUGUAAGGUCUAUGACUCCAUGUUGGCUUUACCUCAGGACCUGCAGGCUGCCAGGGCGCUCACCGUUGUCUCCAUCAUCGUGGGUCUGGUGGCUCUCCUCAUCUCCGUGGUGGGAGCAAAGUGCACCAACUGUAUCGAGGACGAGGGCGUUAAAGCCAGGGUGAUGGCCUCUUCUGGGGGGGCAUUCAUCACAGCAGCUCUGGCCCAGCUGGUGCCUGUUUCCUGGUCAGCACACACCAUCGUAGUUGAGUUCUACAGUCCACUCAUUCCCUCUGGACAGAAGAUGGAGAUCGGGGCAGCGCUGUAUCUUGGCUGGGGCGCUGCGGCCCUGCUGCUGGUUGGAGGGUCCAUUCUUUGCUGCAGCUGUCCUCCACAGGAAGACAAGCCAUUGAGGUACAGUGUGCACCCCCAGAGUCGUAUAGCGUACUCUGCCGCUCCGAGGUCAGUGGCUCAAAGCUCCUACACCAGGAAGGACUAUGUGUGA